AUGGCCUCUGUUCGAGGGUUGGAUAACUCAAAUCCCGAAAUUCAUCAAAAGGCAAAUGAGCGGGAAUUACUUCCUGAGGAAGAAGAUGAUGAAGUUGUCGAUAAAAUUGAUCAAAGAGAGGUGUUCGACCUUGUUCGUACUAUUAAUGACCCUGAACAUCCACUGACAUUGGAAGAACUUAAUGUUGUUGAGGAAGCGCUUGUUAAAGUUGAUGAUGAUAAUAACAUGAUUUAUAUCAACUUUACUCCCACCAUUCCACAUUGCAGUAUGGCAACCUUGAUUGGACUUGCCAUUCGAGUGAAAUUAUUGAGAUCUUUACCUGAGAGGUUUAAAGUAGAUGUUGCAAUUACCCCGGGAAGUCAUGCCUCCGAACAUGCUGUAAACAAGCAACUGGCUGACAAAGAGAGAGUUGCUGCUGCCUUAGAGAAUUCUCACUUAUUGAAGGUGGUUAAUCAAUGUUUGUCAUCCUGAUUCACAAUGUAAAGAUGAUGCAACUAUAAUUGAAGAUCUUCUUGUGAACUUUUGUAACAGAUAUGUUAAUAUUAAAUUCCAUGUAUGAAACUCUUGUAAAUUUAAAUAAAUUUAUCAUGUAUGUGUAUUCAUCCAUUGUAAAGUAAAAUAAAAUAUAGGACAAUGGCAUUGUUCCACUUGCAAUAACAUCAAAUUGAUCAAA